CCUUAAGCGAAUUGGCGCAAUUUAAACAAAAAUAAGCAAAAUAUUACAGUUGCAUUCGCGGGAGGGACGCCAAAAGAUAAACCCGAAGAGGUCUGAGUGCCAGGAAGACAAAACAUCCGCCCACGCCAAGAUUGUUACCUCUGCAGCGAAGAUAAAGCAAAGCAUUCAAGUGCAGCCAGCAUCGCAAUGACGACCCCGCUGCAGACGCGAAUGGCGUUGGCCGAGAUCCCUGAUCGUCUGGAGGCGCUGCGCAUGGCCAACACUCCGACUAACGCCAAUCGCCGGACUCCGGAUGAACCGACUCCGGCGGCCAUAAUCAACACACCAAACGCCAACGGUGGAUUGGGCCUGCGGGUGGAUAAUGAUGUUAACGUGGUGCAGGCACAGGAAUUCGUCUUUUCACCGCUUCCAUCACCGGAUGAGUUAGUCAUCCGACAACGUGGUCGCCGACGUUUCACCACCACUUUUUCUCCUGAUAAAGUAAAUGGAGGAGCAGGAAGUGCCUCUGGUGGUUCCUCUAUGCGUAGCCCCUUUCAGCGCACGCCCACCAAAAAUCUGCAAAUGACCAGCGGCAUGAUCCUGCGUAGCUCUCCACGGAAGCGGCUAACCAUGGGCAGCACCCCACCGGAGCCCACGCCCAUGGACACCUAUUCGCCCAUUAAGAUGGUCACCACCAAGCAACUCUGGCCCGGUACACCAAUAGUAAAGAAGCUAAAAAUGGAAGAUCGUCCCGUGGGGCAGACGAAUACCGAAGCAUCGCUACCUUCCCUGUUGCAGGGUCUAUCUCAGGAACAGCUAAUCGAGUUGGUUAUGAACAACAUAAAGAGUGCGAGUGAUGAGGGGGAUAUUCGAAGGCAGCUGCCCACGCCUGAUAUUAGUUUUCUGGAGCAGGAGCUGCACCAUGCUAAGCGGCUCAUAUUCAAAUCUCUUCCCACCUCUCGACUAUGCAAGAAGACAGAUGCGGCUGCCUACUCAAAAGCGUCGAUGCAUCUUGCCGAAUUUAAAAGAGUUCUGCAAUCUCAGGCCAAACGCCUGCACGACUCCACUCAUUGGGACGCCCUGGUAGACUACGUCUCCAUGGCCUGGCAAUGUGUGGCCAGUACGCCCAACUGGGAGAGCCAUGCACACAACGCGGUGCGGCGGCAGUGUUUCAAACUUUUGGCUUGCUCCUGCUAUGCGGCCAUCAAACACGGAGGAAUGCGCUUGGGGCAGAUGAGACUUGAGUCCCUGGAACGUAAUUUGCGUGAAUGGUCCAAGGACUACGAGGACGUGCUGUCUUGUGUGAAUGCCUUGCAGCGUACGCUUAACAGCCGUACCAGCUUAUAAAAAUCGUGGAGACUAUAGACUUUUAAGGCCGACUUGCUGAACUCGAGGUUUAGUGGACCGAAACUAGUUAUUAAGGCGAAAUUUAGCAAAUAAGCAAACGAUAUUUAGCGCGGCACGUGUUAUAAACUAUUUUUAAUUUUGUUCAUUAAUAUGUUGUCCUAUUUAAAAUGCACGCAAGCAGUUACAGCUUCUUUAUUUAGUGAUCUAAGCCAUACGCUAACUAAAGUCGGUUAGCUUUAUAAACUUGUAUUUAUUAACGCUUAAAUAUAUGCUUAGCAAGUAGGUUUGAUUACCAUUGGA